AUGAACGGGCACGUGGAUUCAACGGAGAAUGGGAACGUUAAAGAGAAUGGACAUAACAACAACAAGGGAAAUGAGGACAAGAAGAUUUUUGUUGGCGGUAUCGCCUACGAUGUGACUAACGAGGAUCUCACGGCACACUUCGGUGAAUUCGGAGAAGUCGCCAACGCUCAAGUCAAAUUCGACCGACAGACUGGCCGCUCGCGUGGUUUCGCUUUUGUCGAGUUCACCACUGGAGAGGCAUGCAAGACUGCACUUGGAGCUCGAGAACAAACCAUCAAGGGAAAGAGCGUAGAAGUCAAGCCAGCCAAAUCUCGUGAAAACAAGAAGGUCUUCGUUGGUGGACUCCCAUCGGAUUUCAACGAAUCGGAGCUUCGCUCACACUUCGAACAAUUCGGCAAAGUCGAGGACAUCGAGUGGCCAUUUGACAAGCAGACGAAGACCCACCGAAACUUCGCCUUCAUUGUCUUCGAAGAGGAGGAAGCCGCCGACAAAGCCUCUGCUCAAGCCAAACAAACUUUCGGAUCUCGCGAAUGCGACGUGAAGAAAGCUGUUCCUCAAGGCAAACGAUUUGCUAUGGGGGCAGGACGUGGAAUGACUGGUGGUCGCUUCGGUCGAGGUGGUCAUGCUGGUGGUGCUUGGUAUGGCUGGAACCAAAUGGGAGCUGUUCCUUAUGGAGGUGCUGCUGGAUGGGGAGGCGAUUGGUACAACGCUGCUUCAGCUUUCUACGGUGGUGGCGGACAGAAUGGCUCAUACACAUCAGGUGGAUAUAGCGGAGGAGGAAACUAUGACUACCAAGGAACUCAAAGAUCUGGAAACGCCAACACUCAACGCUACCAUCAACCUCAACAACAGAUGGCUGGUAGUUUAGAGAAUUUCCUAAACCGCCCUUGUAACAUCUUGACCGGUGAUGGGAGAAGUAUUGUCGGUCUCCUAAAAGGUUUCGAUCAAUUGGUGAACAUUGUAUUGGAAGAUAGCCACGAACGGGUUUAUUCGGAGACAGCCGGUGUUGAUAAGAUUCCGUUGGGACUGUACAUUAUUCGAGGAGAUAAUAUUGCUGUCAUUGGAGAAAUCGACGAAGAAUUAGAUAAAAGAAUUGAUUUUGAGAAAGUUAUGGAUGACGAGAUUGAAUUAGAUUACGAUUACGAUGAACCCUGUUAUCCAACAGAAUCCAGUAGCGAAUCGGAAGAGGAGGAGGUCGAUCCAUUGUUUUUGGAGUGCGUUGAUGAAGUCGAGGAUGAAAAUGGUGUCAAUAGAGCUGAAAGGCUCAAGCGAAUAAAGUCGACGGAUAAGCAACAAAGGGAUGAUCGAAGGAGAGGGCAAAGGGUAUCAAGGCCGAGAUCAUCAGCUCGACGUGUACAUGACUCUCAACCAGAAACGGCAUACACACGAGUCCAAAUUUCGAGCAGAGAGUCGCCCAUUGAUCGAAGACAACGGGUAUAUGCAAGAUCCCAUUCACCACGUGACCCGAUAAAUGAAAGAUCAGCUAUGAAACAGGAUAAGAGUGACGCGGAAAUGGCAGGAAGAAAGACGAGAUCCCCUGGUUCACCAUCUCAUGGCCAACCGUGCAAAAUCAAGGCGGCUGCACAUUUGUUCUUCCCAUCACCCCCAGAACGUGAUUCGCAGAAAUCUGUACAGCGCCACCAAUCCGGUAACAGUGCACAAAGAGAAAUGCCAACAAUUAGACAUGAACCGCCACGAGUCCCUCCACUCUCACCGAAGCGUCGUCUCCCUCCCUCGCCACCCGAACGUCGUCCUCCUUCACGACUUGGAAUGAUCUCGUAUCAUUCAGGAACAAAUGUUGAGAGAAACUCACCUCCGGUACGGUUUUUCUCUUUGCAUCCUGAGCCUGGAAACCGACCAAGUUUGAGACGAGAGCCACUUCUACAGCCUCGUGUUUCUGAAUUACACGACAGUCCAUCAACAGACGGUUAUCGAUCUCGUGAUCAACUAAAGUCAAAUCUUGGAAGACUCGGAGAUGAGAUGAAACGAGAAGCGAACGAGAAGACAACGUCCAGAGAUGGGCACCCAUCAGCAUCGCCCAAUGAUAAGAGAACGAGAAAGGAUGAAUGGAAAUCGGCUUCGAGAGAAAAUUUGAGAAGAACGGAUAAUCCGGAGAUGACAAGAGGAUCAACGUCAAAAGAAUCGAGCUUUUCUCCACGAGAACGAAAUACGCAUCAACGUUUGGCGAGGAUUCAAGCUGCGGAUACGAAGAAGUUCCUCGGUGAACAACGUUUGAUUCAAGAGGAUCAAAGUUUCAGAAAUCAUGGCGUUGAUAAUGAGCACGACACAAAGCCACGGAUUUCAGCUGUAAAUGCCCGUCAAAGUCAUAUGCCUGCAAUUAGCUCUCGGAAACUCCAUUUGACUGUUGAGGAGCAAUCGGUCAAAGACCGAAAAACUCAAACAAAUGUCAAUAGAAAUAUCGUCAAAACUCAGAAUGAGUCAAUGGUUUCUUCAAAGCACAGCACAAAUCAAAACUUGAAAAAGAAAGCUCUUGUUGAGGAUCAAAGGUCUGUUAAACUAAAAGUUGCAAAUGAGAAGGUUGAUCAGUCAUUGACAAGAGUUGCACGAAUACUUUCACCGGUCAAACAUCCACCAGAAUGCUCAAAUAAAGAGCUUCCAAGCAAGAAGCUAAAUGUUCAAAAGACGGUUUUAAAAGAGAAACAAGGCAGCAAGAAUCACAUUAGUGAAGACUUUGAAGUAAGCGAGGCUACCAGUGAUGCGCCAAAUGAGAAAAAUCAAUCCAAUCUUUUUCUAACCUUUUCUACGCCACAACGAGCCCUCGACAAAGAAGAAAAGAAUCGAUUAUUGAUGGACAUUGCCAAGAAAACAUAUCAAGGGUUAAAGAAAACUGGAAAAUGUAACGAUCCGGAUGGCUUUAUUCGUGAAAUAACCCCACCGAUCGACGAGACCGACUCGGGAGCGUUGACUCCAAUCUAUUCCGUUGACAGUCCACUAUCGCCAAAUCCACUCGCCUAUUUUGAUGAGAAACCUUUAUCACCGAGUACAACAAAUGACUCGAUUGAACACGACAUUCAAACAAUGUUCACUCAUUCAAUGGAAGAGCUUGUUGAGCCAGAAAAGGGACAAAAAGUACUCGAUGUCAUUGGGAAAACGGUGACGGAAAAACCCAAACAAAAAGCUUUUGAACCUCUUGUGAAAGUGGAAAGGAAACGGAUUGAAGGGCCCUCAUCAAUACUAAAAAAGAAUCCUGUUGCUAAAAGAGUUCAUGCUGUGAUUACGGGUCCAAGCCCCGAACCUCCAAUAAAACAACGAUCAUUUUAUGCUCAAAAGGCUAAUCAAGAUGUGAACAUGAGAAGGAAGAGCAUUGAUAUGGCGAUGAGUCGAUCACAGCAAUAUUCUGUCUAUAAUCACUUUCAUUCAUCCCUUCCAAGCACUAGUCAGCUUUCGGAGAGCGUUGCACAAAAUGGGAUCUCCAAUAAGAGAUCGAUGUUCGUGUUAGCAAGUGAAACACGCGCCAAAAAGAGGGAAAGAUCGUUCGUUUAUGAGAAUGACUUUGUGGAAAACAAUCGAAGGAAUGUCAUUCUCUACGAUGAGCCAGCAGAGCCACCAAUCUCCGUGUUCAUUCCAAACGCUCAGCCGGCUCGACGCGAAGUCGUCUACGCUGAUUAUCAAGACGAAGAAAUCACCUAUCCGAUGUUGAGAUCGACGUCUUUUCGACAGAAAAAACCCCCGCGCAAGAGAACUCAAUUAGGGGAAAAUAGGGAUGACGAAAUUUUGGUUGUUAGAUAU